CUGUGUUUUGGUAGCUGGUUAGCAGGAUAAGCUGGAUUUUUCAGUAAGAUCUGCUAGAAAACAUCACGUAGCCUAAUAGUACGCUCUGAUCUAUCCCUAAUCAAAUCAGCUAUGGAAAGAUUAUUAUAUUUGUGCAGGUUCAGCUGAGAUUUUUGCCCCCCUGCUGCUUUGAAUCCGCCCAUAUUAUCUGGGUGUCAGCCUUGUUCUGGUUGGAGGGAGGGGGACUGGUCAUAGAGGUCCAAUGCGUCACGUUUAUUUGGGCCUUGUGGAGCCCCGCCGGCUGCGCGCGCGUUGUCCGACUGUGUGUUUGUUUUGGGUUGGUUUUUUCUUCAGAACCGGAACCUCUUUUUUCGUGCAUUCUGGAUCCAGCCGGAAAAUAAAUAAGGUACACUGCUUGGUGAAGUUUUCUUUUUGUUCAUAUAAUGUAACAAGACUCAUUAUCGGUCCUUGUAUUAGUCAACGACCCGACGUAUUGGGACAUUUUAAAUAACCGAGGUCCUGUGACAGCUGAAGCCAUACAUGUACAGCGGAAGGAUGACCGAGGCAUGGCAGCAGCAGCAUGCAGUGGCCCCUCCUCCUGUUGCACAUCCUCUUCUUCAAGGGGCCGAAAAUCCCCUCGGUAGUGCCGUGUAUGGGAUCGUCCUUCCGGCGGACCCUGCUUUACAGCAGUCGCAGCAUGGUCAGCACGGCCAGCAGCACCCCGUGCCUGCUCAACAGCCGUCCCUGCAAGUCGGGAGCGAGGGCGGGCACAAAUGUGGAGCGUGCGGCCAUGAUAUAUCUCACCUGGCGAACCCACAUGAGCACCAGUGCAUGGUGAGCCAGGACCGCUCUUUUCAGUGCACACAGUGCAUGAAGAUCUUCAGUCAGGCCACUGAUUUGCUGGAGCAUCAGUGUGUCCAGGUAGAGCAGAAACCGUUUGUCUGCGGCGUGUGCAAAAUGGGAUUUUCCCUUCUCACUUCUCUGGCGCAACAUCACAACGAGCAUUCGAAUGGCAACAACCCUAUGAAAUGCUCCAUCUGUGAGAAAACCUACAGGCCAGAUUCUUCCUCCUCAAACCCCCAGCAGCCAUCUACAGGCGAGACCUCCAGCAGUGGAGCAGCAAUGGGCUCGUCUUCGUCCACUGAUUUUCAAAACUCCGACAGGCCCUACAAGUGUUCGGUGUGCUCGAAGGCUUUCCGACACCUGUCUGAGCUCUCGCGGCAUGAGCGAGUGCACACGGGCGAGAAGCCUUACAAGUGCAACACCUGUGAGAAGAGCUUCAGCCAGGCGUCUCACCUGGCGCACCACCAGCGCACUCAUAGUGCUGACCGCCCUUACAAAUGUGCUGUCUGCGAUAAGACCUUCAAGCACCGGCAGCACCUCGUGCGCCACAUGUACGCCCAUUCCGGCGAGCACCUGUUCAAGUGCAACUUGUGUGAACUGCACUUCAAGGAAUCGUCCGAGCUGCUGCACCACCAGUGCCAACCCGCGGGCGAACGACCCUUCCGUUGCGCGACGUGCGGGAAGACCUUCAAGCGGCCGUCGGACCUCCGGCAGCAUGAGCGUACCCACUCCGAAGAAAGACCGUUCCAAUGUGAAGAGUGCCAGAUGAGUUUCAAGCAGCAGUACGCCCUCGUUCGACACCGUCGCACUCACAAAAACCCAGCAGAGCGCCCUUUCAAGUGCAACCAGUGUGACAAGGGCUUCCUGCAACCGUCCCACCUUCUGUACCACCAGCAUGUCCAUGGAAUCGAGAACCUGUUCAAGUGCGCCGCUUGUCAGAAGGGCUUCAGACAGUCUGGGGAGCUGCUCAGGCACAAGUGUGGAGAAUCCGGCUCGGGCUCUAACGCACCCGAAAAACCGUACAAGUGCGACGUGUGCGGCAAGGGCUAUAAAAAGUCGUCCACCCUUCAGCGACACCAGAACUCCCAUUGCACCGAGAAGCCCCUCAAAUGCUCCUUGUGUGGUCGCCGCUUUCAGUCGUCGUCCGAUUUCGUCCAGCAUCACUGUGAUCCCGCCCGCGAGAAACCAAUGAAGUGUUCGGACUGCGAGAGGCGCUUUAAAUAUUCAUCGGAGCUCCAGAGACAUCGCCGCGUUCAUACGGGGGAGAAACCUUUCAAGUGCCCAACCUGCGACAAGGGAUUCAAGCAGCGAGAGCACCUGGCCAAACAUGGCAUCGUCCAUUCACGGGAAGCCCAGUUUAAGUGUGUGUGGUGUGGGGAGUGCUUUGGGGAGCUGGGGGCUCUUCAGGAGCACACAGUCCAACACACUGCAGAAGGAGGAGGCUAUCCAGUAGCCCCGUGCAUACAGUAGUGGUGCUCCACCAACAUUAGCCUCCCGUCUUGUUUAACGAAGCCACGAAUAUAUAGUGCUUAUAUGAGAAACUUGCUGGUAUUCUAAAUGUGCUAUAAUUUAUUGAGAUUCAUUUCAAGACUCACAGCCUGUGAUAUAUACUUUUCAAUUCUCAGUACCAGUAUUUUCCAGCCAGGCCUUAAAAAAGCUUAAGUGCAAAAAAAACGAUAAAAUGUCCAAAAAGUAUUAAAAAGUUUAUAGGAUAUACAUUCAAGGUUGACUAUUCUAGAUUUUUUAGCUCUUCUAGCUCUUCUUUCUCCAAUAUUUGAAAUUUAAAAUAUUCUGAAAUUCCAAUACAGUGCUGUUGUAAGUGUUUGUGACUGCAUUUUUGAUUGCAUUUUCACUAUUUUAAUAUUAAUGAGCUUAAUUCAAUUGUUUUGUUAGGAACGGUUCCUAACAUGAGAAAUUGGAUUUCACUGGCUGGAAUAAUUAUUGAGGCAUGUGACACAGACUUUUUUUUUUUUCAUCUUGUACAGUAUAUGUACAACCUCAUGCUUUUUAACUGCCAUAGUACUUGUAUAUACAUUAAGGCAAACACCUUCGUAUAGUAACUCGACCGUAUAAACUCUAAUGCCUAACCCAUGAUGUAACAGGGUAUGUGUAUGCAUGAAUAAUCUAAGAUCUCUAUGUUAGUAUUUUCUGUUGUAAACUGUAACUGGUGCUUAUUUGUAUGUUGUCUUAUAGGCAAAAGAACAAACUUAGUUACUUUGAAGUGAUGCAGUUGUAUGUGACGAGUGUAAGUGGUUAAAUCAUCCCUGCAGUUAUCAUGGUUAUUUAGACAAUUAUCAGUAACACUAAUACUUUUACACAGUUUACAGUUUGGACUUACAUUUCAACUGCCCAGUAACAGCAUGUCUGUCACGGUAAUUAAAAACACACACACAUAAGCUGGUGUUACUACUUAUUGACGCUCGAAUAUCUUCAGUACUAUUCAGAAAUUGAUGUUUUGUAAUGAUUUAGUACAAUAGUACACUUUAGUGUCUGUAUCUCCACCAUACUGUAAACUAUAUGUCCAUGAUCAUUCCUUUCUAAGGACAGUUAUGACUUUCUUUCGGUGGAUGUAGUAGGAUUAUUUUACCUUUUAGACGUUUUCUUUUCUUUUUCCAUUUAUACAUGCCUUUUUGAAAAGUGUUGGUGAUGUCCCUUAAACAUUAGGUUUGCAUCCUAAUGUAAAAAAAAAAAAAGUCUAGGAAUCAAAAGCACCGUGGUUGAAUUAAGCAAUGCCACAAUGUUUGUUAGGAAAUAGCUCUAGUUAGACAACAUUGCACCUUAAUCAACCUUAAUCAGCAUAUCAAUCAGUAUCGUGCUGAUCAUGAUUAUUUGGAUGAUGCCAGGCCAGUCAUACAAGCGAGCAUCCUGUAGAGACAUAAUAGGAAACAACAACAAUAAUAAUAAUAAUAAAUGUUUGUUAACUCUAACAACGUAGUCAUUUUUAAUUUUCAGGAACAGCCCUAUAACAAAUUCUUCACCAUGUCCAUUCAUUGUUACAAUUAUAAUAUGUAAUUAACUAAGGUUAUUAAUAAGAAAUAGGGAUGUAGCCUGCUCAUCCUCAGGUCUAGCACCUAUAAACCAUUCUCUAUUUUUUUUUUUUUUUUUUCCCUCACAUCAACAUUUUAACAUUUUUAAGUGUUUUUAAUGAUGGUGGGGCGAUUGAAAUAUGUAAAUAUCUCUAUAUGUAUUAAUUUGUCCUAUCUUUGCACUUGUAUGUAUUGUGACCUUAGGCUACAUGGCAUUAACCAAUAAAUGUUUGCAAAUAUA